AUGUCAGCGGUAGAAAUCAAUGAAGCGGAGACUGCGCCGAUGAAUGAGAACGACCAAUUCUUCAAGGACCUUACAUGGACACAACGAAUUCAAGGUUUUUGUGUUCUCUUGUCGCUAGCGCUCUUUUCGACGCUGAUGAGCUGGUUUGCUCUGGGUAUGGGGGCCUACUGGAAAUACAGUGCGCUAUCGACCCUUGGUACCUUUCUCUCCAUGCUAAGCACCAUCGUGCUCAUGGGCCCCUCAGCCCAGCUUGCGUACAUGUUCGACGAGUACCGCUUUAAUGCCACGCUGCUGUACAUUGGCUCUAUGUUUCUCGCCUUCUUUGUAGCUAUCAUCUUCAGGUCCGUCUUGCUAUGUCUUCUGUGUGGUUUUCUGCAGUACGCCGCCCUGGUGUGGUACUCCCUCUCUUACGUCCCCUACGGCCGCGAGACACUUGUCGGUAUCGUACUGCGCCGCUGA